UGGCACCAGGAAGGAGGACAAUUCGUCUCCGGGCUGCCCAAGCGACAGCUGUCAGAGGAACAGGAGCUUCUGGGAGCCGCCAUCUGAAGGCUACGUGUGCCGCCCGGUCAUUCAAACUGUCAAUUUUAGGUCCAGAAGUGUCCAAACCACAAGUUCUCAAAACUCCCUGAGAAAUGGCUCCCUCCGAGUUAAGCAAUUCUGAAAGGCAUUCUCUGGGAAAAGUCUGUGGAGGAGAGAGGGAUCUUCUUGCAAAUAAUGUGGUUUCGGGCAAAGACGCAGCAUCUUGGCUGUCUGCUAAAAAAAAAAUGCCUAGACUCUUGGUGGAAAUUGAGUGUCAAGCUGCAAAAUCUCAAAUGGCAGAUUGUCAUCAUUUAAGGUAAAUUCUUAUAUUUCUUCUUUGUGGGAAAGGAGGGGUAUGAGGACAUUCAUUAGCUUCACGCUGGAGGUAGCUUGUAUGGGGAUGACUUUCUUUCACUUGCUUUUAUAAUCUAUCCAGAAAAGAAGAGAGAGAAUGGAUAUAGUUUUUCUGAUAUUCCAUGACAAAAUGCCGUUUUUGUCCAAACUGUAUUGGUUGUUAAGGUAUUGGCAAGUUUUACAAAAUCAAAAUUAUUGAAAGUGAUCCAAAUGAUCAUGUCAUUUCUUCACGGUGUCUUGCCUGUUUCAGAUUUGGCCUUUAAGGGAGCUUGUUGUAACAGAUUAGAAAAUCCCACUUUGUGCUUCAAAAUCGUGCAUUGUCUGCCCUUUGCUAGGGCAACCAUAAGAGUUCACCAAGAGGACAAAUUUUCUAUCUCAUUAAUUGUUUUUUUUUUUAAGCAAACCCUACUGGCCCCUCAAACCCUUGACCUUUAAAGACAGUAUUUUGUGUAAGUUCUAUAAUUCUCCUACCAAAAUGACCCUUACAAAUUUUCUCCUCUUUUCCCUCCCUUCCUCCCUCCAAUACACACUCAUCUGCUUUAGUCACAGAGCCAAGCUGUGCAUGACUUGGGAGAUAAAAGUUUUGUCAACAUCUGAAAUCAACCUAAAUCGGAUAGGAGACACUUUAAUGGUCACAGUUUGAAUUAAGUACUUAACAUUCUCCCCCUUGAAGAAAAAUGGCACUUUGCAGGCUUUCUUUCCUAGUUUUGCUGAAAUCUACGACAUACCUGGUGUUUUAUUACAGCAGGAAUUCAACUGUGACAGGCAUAGUAGAGUACUUAAUACCCAGGAUGGAGCUCAUGGGAAGAUUACCUAGAUAUAUGGGGUGAGGGGGGGGGCCUUUGCACAGCUUUUCCGACUUUAUACCCAGCUGUGCCAGGGUGCCCCAGUCCCUUACAUCUCAGCCUCCUCCCCAUGGGGUGGGUGUCACCAUCUCACCAUCUCUCCUCUGUCCCCUUGUUCCCUGAAGCUUCCAAACUCCGCUGCUCUUCUCACUGUUGCCUUCCCUCUAGCAGUUCCAACGUAGAAAUGAAUCAGGGACUCUUUAGAAUAGAAAGAAAGAAGAAAAAAUGCCAAAGAAUCAAUGUAGCAACAGAAACCUGGGGCUUCCCAUGGAAUGAGUGGCUCCUGUGCAGGCAAUGUGCUUGCUGUCCUUGGCACUCCCUUGGUCUCCACAUCCCUAGAUGCACUCCUAUGCUAUAGGAGAACACAGGCUCAUCUUUCUCAGCUGUGGCUUUUGUUGCCCCUCCUCUGUAUUUCACACUGGCCCAAGAAUAACCUUGCUUUGUGUCUUAAAAAGUAUGGGCUGGAAAAAAUAGAAGGAAGAGAAUAUACAUCUUUUGAUGGCAUCAGGGGGGCUGCUGUGGCUGUCUUAAAACCUUCUAGUCUGUAACUUCUGGCUUGGAACUCUGGCAUCUCUUCUUCUGAAGGCUCUAAACUCAUGGAGCACCCUCCUGUCCUCCACCCCUUCAGGCCAGGCCCACUCUUUUGGGGAUUGAUUCCUGAGGCUGAAAGAAAAUGCCACAUUGAAAGAGUGUCCAGGGUGAAAGACCAGGAGGCCAUUUUGGUUCACCUUCACAGUUCACAGAUGAGAAAGCUGAGGCAGCUGAAUAAUUCCCACCCCAUGUUCAUUAUGUCAGUAAGUGUGUAGGUUGAAUGGACCCUUUGGUCUCACCUCCAUGGGGUAAAUGCAUAGACAUCUUCUCUCUGCGGAGGAGGCUAUUCUGCUGGGAACGGAUAUAUGCAUCUAGGCUUACACUUGACAUGGAUGGCCAGGUGUGUGCAGCCAGGAAAGAAGGGAAGGGUGGGUUCUUGCCUGAUGGGCCAUCAGGCUACCUGGAGAGGUUUUGUAACCAAACCACCCUAGUCGUGGCAGGCAGAAAGGCUGACCACUAGGCUCAGGAAGGGAUGGAUGUCAGGGUGCCAGGGAGAGCCCUGAGCUCCCCACUGUCUACAAUGUUCAUAAUCCCAGAAUGACUAAUGCUACUAUGCUAUGCUCUCACCUAUAUAUUAUGAUGGUGGUCACUUGCCCCAAAUCAGGGCAACGGUGAAUGUGCUCCGGAGGCCUGGGGAACAGAAAAGCCAAACAAGGACCCUGGUUGCAGCUGAUAAAGGUGUAGUGCCUUGUGGAGGGAGAUAUUGAAAUUGUAAUCUUUGAGGUCACGUGGCUCAUUAAAUAAUUAAUGCAGAUCGUCAGGAAUGGAUCGGAGUCGUCAGGGCCUCACUAGGAAUGAAUCUCUCAGAAGUGAGACUCCAACUUCCUAUUUGGUUUUUUUUUUUAAGACACACACCCUCAGAUUUAUCUCCAAAGGCUUUUAACUCCUUCAGGAAGGCAAGAGAAAGAGAGAGAGCUCUUCGGCGGGCAGGACCGGAGCCAGCAGGCCCCCGCUGGGUCCUGGGGCGCUUUCCACAGGGUUCCUGCCAGCCCCGGAGCGCGCCAGUGUCGGGGAAACGUGAGUUCGGGCUUGGGUUUUCUGCGGUCACAUCUUGGCUUCGGUGAUGAAGUGGGACGGAUGCGCAGACAGUCGGUAAUGUUCUGAUUCACGCUGGGGAAGGCUGCAGAGAUACCACAGGACGGGCGCGCGGCUUUGUUCAAUUUUCCCGGCGUUCAUAAAUCACCCGCGCCGGGCGAGCGAGGGAGCAAGCGAGCGCCAAAAUCGCGGAGGCAGAGGCCGCGGCGGCGGCGGCCAUUGCAGAGCCAGAGACCUGGGCCUCGUCUCCCUGUGACUCAUUAGUCUGAACGAUUUAUGGGGAACGGCAACCACGAAUAUUAGACUUGGGGAGAAGGAAAUAGAAAAAAGCUAUAACAACCAUAACAAUUACAGUGCUCCUGAGCGUCGCGCGGGGCGGCCGUGGUGGAUGGUGGCAUAGCGGAUCUCUCCGGGGGCGAAGUUGAGUGGCAGAGUGCAGGAUGGCUGAGCCCACCUUGCUUGGGGUCACGCCAAGAGUCCCAAGGUCAGGGGGCGCUCCCUCUGGGGAUGCAGACGGCAGGUUUGGACAAGAGAAAGGCAUGCAGGAAUUCUGAGUCCCAUUUUCAAGGCUUGUGGGGGCUGCAGGUCAGCAGUGACAGAGGGCAGUUGCUGGUUUGCCGCCACUAGUUCACGGUGCUAAGGGACUCCUCAGCUAUUUGGUAGCUCCUCGUGGGGCCGCCAACAGGAUUGCAUGGACCCAGGGCAGACAGCAAAGGACUGGUUGAGGGCAGGCUGCAGUUUAGGGGAGGCUACCUGUGUCUGUGUGAGGGAGCAGUGGGAGCAAGGCUGGGUCUGUGGAAGCCAAGGGCCCUGCAGAGUCCCUGCCGGGGGAGGACUUCUCCAAGGCAGGACCCCGCUCAAGGCACAAUUCUUUGCCUCUUCCCCAGUGUCUCCCACCCUAGAAAAGUUGGCUGACAGCUUGAUGACCAUUUGAUGGUUAGAGGGCAAGAGAGGGUUGCAAAUAUUGCAAGGGAUGAGAUUGCAGCAGAAUUAGAGCACGGAGCCUACUUUUGCCCACCACACAGGCGGGGCAGGAUCAGACCUCCUGACCUGGUAUUGUCCAGUGCCUGCAUUCUUCCAGUUUUCAGCAGCCUUAGUUGGCCUGCUCUGAGAGACUGGGGCUGUGAUCCUCUGGACAGCCCACUAGGACCAAGAAGUGAGCGCCCCUGACUUGAAUGAACCAGAAGACAAAACCUCUCACGACAGCCUCCUGCCCGUGGACUGAGCCCGGGUCUGAUUUUGCGCCAACAGAAAUGAGCACUAUUAGUGAGGUUUCAGGAGACUCUGUGAUUGAAUGCUCCCAGACAAGGCUUCCCUUUGUUAGGAAAAGAAAAUAAAGCCAGCAUUCACAUUCUCCAAGUUGGGGUGCGUGAGGAGCUCUCGGAGAGGAGCCCACACCCUCAGCAAAGCCUCUUCCACCUUCCCAUCUUCCUUCAUCUGGUUCAUUUUCUUUCCCCUUUCCCUGCCCCCCUCCCAAGAAAAAAGGAAAAGGAGAGAAUUCGGGUGCGGAUAUGGAGUAUGCAUUUAUUUUACAAAAAUAAAUCACUAUCUUCGGGCCAUUUGUAGAAUGGAACAUUUCGAGCAAUGAGUGCGCCGCAUGGACGAGUGCCCUGGCGACUCCUCCGUGUCCGCGUCACCCUCGGGGCCACCUUGGCGCCCACACGAGCCGCGCUUCCCACUCCGGUCCUUCAACUCCCUUCCUUCACAGCCACCGUUCACCCUCUGCUGUUUAUUUGUCUGCAGAGCGUCUGGACACCAGAAAAGGCAAUUCCCUGAGCGCCUGGAGUUGGAGACAAUUCCUGGUUCAGAUUUAAACAUCUUUGGAGGUAAGUGCUGUGCCAAAACUCUUCGCUGUGCGGGACUUUGCAACAGGGUGGCUGGGAGGAGUUUACCCUCCAGGGCUCCUGGCAAUUGCAGCCGGUUGAAAGAGAUUCUGGUCAAUAUUUAACUUCUGUGGAGUUUGGAGUUGGAUUCUCUACAGCAGCGUGCCCCGAGAAUGUGGGGCUUCAGGCAGACAAAGAAAGAGUCUACCCCAGACUGGGCCAUAGGCGGGAGCAGUGGCUGCAAAAGCCAAAGAUGGGGUAGGGGGAGUCAGAGGGGGUGUGUUUGUUUCUUCCUGCAAGCCCCAAACAAACCACUACAGGGAACUAGCAGGGCAAAAGCAAGUAGAGGCCACGGGCACUGCAGCCGCUGCAGCUGCUGCGUGGGCCGCUCUCCUUGUCAACUGCGGAGACUGUAUGAGUUAGGAAAUUGUCGCCAGUACCAGCUCUCUGUUGAGGAAAAGUUGUCUCACCGCCUUGCAGUUUCUCUGACCCUUUUGCCUUUCCCAGGCAUGAGAGAAGUUGCUGUAUUUCGAGUGUUCAGGCCUUCGCAGGCAGAGGGUCUUCUUCCUUCAUCAGGGCAGAUCGCGGUUCUUCCUACGGGAAAAGCAUGGUCUUCUAUGUCUUGGCGUUUUCUUUUCCUAUUUGGAACAAGGGAAAACUCUUUAAAAUUCUUUUCAAGUUCUGCCUUAAUUUGUUCUCUUAGUUUGGGAUGCAGUGAGGUAAUUACUGUGGUUUAUUACCUUGUAAAAGAUCCAUAAAUUACAUGCCUGUUUGGGGGAGGGGCUGCUGAAAUACCAUUCAGAAGCUGUUAUUAACGAAUGAGUUUGCUUUUGUUUUUUCAGGAAUUACUACUUUUUAAAAAGUUUUAGAGAUUUUUGUUUUCUAUUUCUUAUACCUCGGUGUUCCCUAAAAUUGGUCCUAAAAUAAAUAUCAGGUUGUUAAUUAAUUGCAACAUGCUAGUCGGUGGUGCUCUAAAGCUGAUAUGGUAUUCUGGAUGCAAUUAGUAUUUUAUCCGAUAGGAAGUAAACAGUAAUAGUAAAGCUGAGUUGCUUUAUCAGCUACUGUGUAUCUGUUUAAAUCAAAUAUAGGUGGAACAUUUCAGGAAUUUGCAACUUGGUGUGUGUAUAUGAUUUUCAUCUCUUCAAACAACAGAACAAUUGCAUGUAUAAAUAGUUGCAGGAGUUUGGGGCCAUCUGUAUAAUAGGAUAGAUGUACACAUUCACAUGUAUCCAGAGGACUUGGAGCCUAUUUGUACACAGUUGCACCCACAGGAAAUAUCUCAUGUUAAAUAAUCUAUCAUCUACACUUGUGUACGUACACACACUGUGGGCUAAGAGAGCCUUACCUGAUGCUGAGUAGAAAACCUCCUAGACUUAACUAAAGGAACAAAAAUGUUAAGUGUAUUUUUGAUAGAGAAAUCAGAUUGCAGUGUUUGAGUACAGAUACAUCUAAUCUGCCAACAGCUUUGCAAAUAUUGACUAACGGUCUGUAUCCUUGGUUGCCUGCUCCUUCCAAGCCAACUUUCCCUCUAUUUUGGCUCUGGUGGCCUGGACCACAGUGUGAGUCCCAGCCCUGGCUAGGUUGGAGGCCAGAGGAGUGAGUAAAGGGGGACUGGCAGCUGGAUUUUUAAACAGCCCAUAGCUUUGCUCCAGGAAAAUGGAUUUCAGAGUGGUGAAGGAGAACUCUCAGCUGCUGGUUCCCUGGAUGGGUUGCCCAGGCCAAGAUCUCUCUUAGGGAAGCUGUUUUUUAACCUCAGAAGUUAAAUUUCCUUUGACUUAUCAGAUUUCUUUCCCUUCUCAUCCUACUAAGUCACCCCAUCCCACCCCAAGUCGUUAAUGUUAAUUGUUAAACAGCAGUUGAAACAUUAACUGGGAUGUUAGCAGUGGUAUGGAGGCUCCAACCUAGAGCUGAGAUGCCUCUGGGCCUUGCUGGCAUUAAGGCAUUUUCUGAAGCAGUACCAAGGAUUUCUCCCAUUGAUUUAUGACCUCAAGAGUUUCGAUUUGCUAAAGACUGUUCUGAGAGUUCUGAAGGAGGCCCCUUCUUAUCUUUGAGUUGAUACAUCUCCAGAAAUUUAGAGAGGAGAGUUUGCCAGUAACUGGGCAAUACUUUCAGGUUCCUUUUAAGAGUAUCUAGAGGGCACAAUAUGAAUGAUUAGGGAGGGUAUAAGCGGAGCACAGGUCAGUAAGAAUUAGAGGACUGAGAUCACGGGGGACAGGAGAAUGCUUUUUGGAAACCAGCUUUUGAUCCCUUUCCCCGAAUCCCUCAAACCUGAGAAAGGCAGGUUUUUCACUUUGGGUUUUUAUUUUCCAGCUUGUGACUGAGAUAGGAGCUAGGUAAGUUCCUUCUUCCAGCUAUACCACAGACAGAACCUUAUUGGAAUACUGCUACCAGUUUAGGUAUGGGCUUGCUUCCACAGGAUUAGGUCUCCUCUUUUAUUGCCCUUCUGAUUUGGAUUCCCCAAGACCAGGCCUCCUUAUUGAGGGCUUUACAUUCUCAUCAGAGCCCUUCUGCUCCCCUGCAGGGGAAUAGAGUAGGGGAAGAAUCAUGCACAGCCUCCUGCAGCUGCUUCAAGUGAGUCCUCACACUUAGCCAGCUGAAGACCUACUCUCAAGGAACAAAAGAAUAUGGCAUGAGGAUCUUACCAGCCUCAGAGCACUCUCAAAGUUCAGAAACUAAGAGCAGAAGAGAUUAACAUUUUAGACAGCUGGCAAAAAGGUGCAGUGUUGAAAUCAGGGAGCAGUGUCACCAAGCAGAAGGCAACAGUAGGGGUAGAACAAGGGUGGGUACAGCUUAUUUGUUUUAGUAAGGUUCCUUCUGGGCAGAGUUGGUUCUCUGCUUAAGACUGUUCUGAGAGUUCAGAAGGGAGACCCUUCUCAUCUUUCAGUUGAUGUUUCUGCAGAGACUUGGCAGGGGCUUGGGGGGAGAGUUUGCUGAUGGAUUUAGGAUUGUCUUAGGGGAGGGUGGAUAGACCAGCCUGUAGGAAGAGUCCCAGGUUGUCUUGUAGGUUAACUUAAGGGACUCCAGUGAAGGUUGGUUCAUUUUUUUCUCUAGCAGAGACAAUUAGAUCAUUUCCCCUGACAUUUUUCAUCUUUAGAAACCUAUAAUUUCAUGUAUCACUCAGCUAUGCACUAAGGAAAUGCGUAAGUACAGCUUUGGCCAGGGCACUAGGUACUUCCAGACUUUGUAAAAUCCUCACUUAACCAUUCUAUAGCCAAGCACAUCUUUCCUAGUGGGCUCCCAUUGAACAAAACCAGCUGGACUUGGAGGAGAUGCCUUAACCUUUUGUCAGGUAACUAUGGGUCUUUUUGGUUUCUCCAGUGGCUGUGGUGUAUGGUGUGGGUGUUAGUAGACUCCAUACAAUGGCAGGCCUGAGGAAGUCUCUGACCAGGCCAGUCAAUUCUGGGCCUGGCCCUUGCCUUUUGAUAUGCUGGCCUGUGGGCCACAGGAGACUGGGGUGCUUGGGUAUGCAGGAUUCAGCUUGUUUGUGGGCAGGAGACCAUAAGGAAAGUUAAGUGGACUCUAAGAAUAUGGAUAGCAUUGCUGUUCCCUUGUGUUUGGAGUAUGUGUAAAGAAAUAUAAGUGGAAAUAAACGGUCUUAUAUGGCAUACAUGGGCGGGGGGAGGGCAGCAUCCUACUGCUUAUACAAAAUUCUUACAGACUGUUGGUCAGGGAUCCUCCCCUCUCCUCCCCCAGAGCUAAAUGUUCUGCUUGGAAACCUAGUUCCUUCAGUGAUUCCCUAUUUCAAAUAAAAGGAUUUAAGUUGACGUAUGACCACGUGAGCACAUAAUACAGCGCAUUAUUGUGGCAUUUGGAGCGGAGACCCAGGCAGGCUUCUCCUGUGAUUACAUUUUCUAGAUUCUCUACAGAGCCAGAGCUUUCCCCCUCCACCCCCACGCACCCACCUCCUCCUUCUCCUUCUCGGAGAGCGCUCUCUGAGCUGGUUGCAGUUUUCAGCACUCAUGGAACGGUUCUGGGCGAGCUAGAGCUAAGAGCUAACCGAUGGGACUCAAGGCCACACCAGGAGGAUGGAAUUUAUUUUAAGGUCUGCGCGGGGCGGCCAUUGGCGGCGGAGCGUCACGUGACCGCGGGGGCGUGCCAAUGUGCGCCCUCACGGGUGUCAAGCCCCUGUCAGAGUGUGCGAUCAAGAUCGUGAAACAACGCGAUGCAAAAAGCGACCUACUACGACAGCUCGGCGAUCUACGGUGGCUACCCCUACCAGGCAGCCAACGGGUUCCCUUAUAAUGCCAGUCAGCAGCCGUACCCGGCGUCCGCCGCUCUGGGCGCCGACGGCGAGUACCACCGACCCGCCUGCUCUCUCCAGUCGCCCGCCAGCGCUGGGGGCCACCCUAAGGCGCACGAGCUGAGCGAAGCGUGCCUGCGCACCCUCAGCGGCCCGCCCAGCCAGCCCCCAGGCCUGGGCGAGACGCCCCUGCCCCCACCGCCGCCCCAGGCCGCGCCCCCCGCACCACAGCCGCCGCAGCCCCCGCCGCAGCCCCCAGCACCCACCCCUGCAGCGCCCCCGCCCCCCUCUUCUGUCUCCCCACCUCAGAAUGCCAGCGGCAACCCCGCCCCCGCCAGCGCGGCCAAGAGCCCCCUGCUCAACUCGCCCACCGUGGCCAAACAAAUCUUCCCCUGGAUGAAAGAGUCUCGGCAAAACACAAAGCAGAAAACCAGCAGCUCCAGCUCAGGCGAGAGCUGCGCUGGCGACAAGAGCCCGCCUGGGCAGGCUUCAUCUAAGCGCGCGCGCACGGCCUACACGAGCGCGCAGCUGGUGGAGCUGGAGAAGGAGUUCCACUUCAACCGCUAUCUGUGCCGGCCGCGCCGGGUGGAGAUGGCCAACCUGCUGAACCUCACCGAACGCCAAAUCAAGAUCUGGUUCCAGAAUCGCCGCAUGAAGUACAAAAAGGAUCAGAAGGGCAAGGGCAUGCUAACGUCGUCAGGGGGCCAGUCCCCAAGUCGCAGUCCCGUGCCUCCUGGCGCAGGCGGCUAUCUGAACUCUAUGCAUUCGCUGGUCAACAGCGUCCCAUAUGAACCCCAGUCGCCCCCGCCCUUCUCUAAGCCUCCCCAGGGCGCCUACGGGCUGCCCCCUGCCUCCUACCCUGCGCCUCUGCCCAGCUGCGCGCCCCCGCCACCUCCACAGAAGCGCUAUAACACAGCGGCGGGGGGCGGUGCAGGGGGCACCCCUGACUAUGACCCACACGCUCAUGGCCUGCAGGGCAACAGCAGCUAUGGGACCCCACACUUACAGGGAAGCCCCGUCUUCGUGGGGGGCAGCUACGUGGAACCCAUGAGCAACUCUGGGCCUGCCCUCUUUGGCCUAACUCACCUCCCCCACGCUGCUUCCGGCGCCAUGGACUACGCGAGCGCUGGGCCGCUGGGAAGCGGCCACCACCAUGGGCCAGGGCCGGGGGAGCCGCACCCCACCUACACGGACCUUACCGCCCACCAUCCUUCUCAGGGAAGAAUUCAGGAAGCGCCCAAGCUCACCCACCUGUGAUGGUGGGCUCGGGGCUACGCGCCAGGAGAGUCUCCCCCUACCCCUCCACCUUUCUUCUUUGGUUGCUUUUUUUUUUUUUUUAAGGUUCUUCCUGCCCUUCCGUUUUCUCUCUCCUCUCUGCUCCCCCCAACUCCCUUCCCCGUCCUCCCCCCACUUUGGUAACGCGUUUUUAUAGUUUAUGUGACGUAGCAAUCUUGGUUGCUGGAAUGGCUGUCAGUAUCAGUAGCGAUAUUUAUCUCUUCCCGCUCCUAGCUUGGCCGCUGGCCCUGCACCCUUUACCUUCUCCACUCUUUGAUCAGAAACAGGGUAUAUGAACAAAUUUUCUAGUCGAGUUUUCAAUGUGAAUUUGUUCGUACAUUAUGGCUCCCGAGGGGAAGCGAUUACUUUUUUUUUAAUUGUUAGUUUUUUUAAAUUGCACUUCUUGUAAAGAGCGAGAAAAAAAAAAAAUCAAAGGCGCUUUGAAACAGGGGCUCCCUGUGCAAGGAUGAUUAAGUGUACGUCUUUCCGUGUGUGUAUGCUGGUGAACAGUCAGAUUUAUUUAUAUUUUUUUGCAAGCAUUGAAUAAUCUAAGUUUUAAAUAUUAUUUAUCCCCAUCCGUUUGUAUUUAUAUUAAAGAAAUUCUGUACCCUGAUUGUUCAGAAGGGUUCUUGGGCCUUUUGUUCAAUGGUGUGUUGGCGUACAUAGAAAUUUUUUUAUUUGAAAGGGAAAUAUAAUUCCUUUAUAAAAACGGUAAUGAUGCAAUAAAACCAGAUAGGAUCCAGCUUUUGAAAACAGUGGUUUAGGUUUGUAACAUCCGGCAAAAAUGAAAAAACAGUCUGUAAACGUGAAAAAUGCUAGAUUUGUUUUGAGAGUUCUACAAUCCUUGCUGCUCACAUUCUGAGAAACAAAACAAAAAAUAAAGUUUUUAUUCUGAAUAA